GCGAGAGGGAAGAGAAAGAGGGGAAGAAGAGUGACCAAGAGACCGCCGAGUUUCCUGCCUCGGCGCAGCGGGUGUCGCCCCGAGAGCAGCCUCCCCGCGACAGAGCCUCAGCCUGCCUGGAAGAUGCCGAGAUUGUGCAGCAGUCGCUCGGGGGCCCUGCUGCUGGCCUUGCUGCUUCAGGCCUCCAUGGAAGUGCGUGGCUGGUGCCUGGAAAGCAGCCAGUGUCAGGACCUCUCCACGGAAAGUAACUUGCUGGCGUGCAUCCGGGCCUGCAAACCUGAUCUCUCUGCGGAGACGCCCGUGUUUCCCGGCAACGGCGACGCGCAACCGCUGACCGAGAACCCCCGGAAGUACGUCAUGGGCCACUUCCGCUGGGACCGCUUCGGCCGCCGGAAUGGCAGCAGCGGCGGCGGCGCGGGCCAGAAGCGCGAGGAGGAGGAGGUGGCGACGGGCGAAGGCCCCGGGCCCCGCGGCGAUGGCGCCGCGCCGGGUCCGCGCCAGGACAAGCGCUCCUACUCCAUGGAGCACUUCCGCUGGGGCAAGCCCGUGGGCAAGAAGCGGCGCCCGGUGAAGGUGUAUCCUAACGGCGCCGAGGACGAGUUGGCCGAGGCCUUCCCCCUCGAGUUCAGGAGGGAGCUGGCCGGGGCGCCCCCCGAGCCGGCACGGGACCCCGAGGCCCCGGCCGAGGGCGCGGCCGCCCGGGCCGAGCUGGAGUACGGGCUGGUGGCCGAGGCCGAGGCGGCCGAGAAGAAGGACGAAGGGCCCUAUAAGAUGGAGCACUUCCGCUGGGGCAGCCCGCCCAAGGACAAGCGCUACGGCGGCUUCAUGACCUCCGAGAAGAGCCAGACGCCCCUGGUCACGCUGUUCAAAAACGCCAUCGUCAAGAACGCCCACAAGAAGGGCCAGUGAGGGCUCAGGGGGCAGGCGCCUCUCACCCCGGAAGCCGACCCCAAAGCCCCCUCUCCUCGCCUGCCCUCCUGCCGCCUCCAGCCCGGGUACGCUCAGGCUGUGUGGGCGCCAGAUAUCCCGCCUCUUACCUGUAGUUAGGAAAUAAAACCUUUCAAGUUUCA